CACGUACCUCAGUCAGGGUCAGGUCUGAUGGUCAGGGACAGGCCUGAUGGUCAGGGUUAUCCAGCACAAAACGUCAUCAUACAACGGUAGGGCUCUGUUUGAUAAUUAACCAUGGACGGGGAGAUUCAAUCGACAGGCCAAAGAACUCGUAAUUGCCUUAGAAACAUUGACAGCAAUGUCGAUCAAGAGGAUGGUGACGAUAAAAACAUCGUCCAGCUUCGACGCAGCCUCAGCGUCUUCGACGGUAUCAUGAUCAACGUCGGCAUCAUGAUUGGUACCGGAAUCUUCAUAUCGCCCAAGGGGGUAGUUGCCGGGGUAGAGAGCGUCGGGGCCACCCUCUGUGUUUGGGUGGCUGCAGGAGUCAUCACGCUCCUGGGUGCACUAUGCUACGCCGAGUUGGGCACCACCAUCCCUGCAUCAGGGGGCACUUACACCUACAUUCAAGUUUGCUUUGGAGAUUUUGCAGGAUUUAUCAACUUCUGGGCGAAUGCCGUUAUUGUUUCGCCAUCAUCGAACGCUGUCGUUGCCUUGAUGUUUUCAAUCUACUGCCUUGAACCUUUUUACCCGGACCCGGAUUGCCCACCUCCGAAGAUGGCCAUCAAACUCUUUGCAAUCUUGAGCAUUUCGUUCACUAUGUUUCUCAAUUGCUGGAGCGUCAAACUUACGACAGUCUUACAAAACACUCUGGCGAUAUGUAAACUGAUUCCACUGUGUAUCUUACUCAUUAGUGGUAUUGUGAAAAUUGGCAUGGGGAGCACUGAAUACUUCGAGGAAUCCUUUGCAUCGACCGAUGUCAGCGGGAUAGGCACGGCACUUUAUUCCUCUCUGUUCGGCUACGAUGGUUGGCAGUCGAUCAACGUCAUAACUGAAGAACUUAAGAACCCAUCAAGGAAUCUUCCACUUUCCUUGAUAAUCUCUAUAUCGAUAACAUCCUUUGUGUACACUCUGACCAACGUUGCUUACUUCACCGCUCUGUCUCCCUCAGGGUUGGUAGCUUCUGACGCUGUAGCCUUCAGCUACGCACAUCUCGUCCUUGGAAAGUUUGCAGUCAUAAUCCCCAUCACGGUCGUCCUGUCAACCCUAGGUUGUCUCAACGGAUCAAUCCUAUCCUCAUCCAGGGAGUUCUUCGUUGGAGCUAGAAGAGGACACCUACCCCGUUUCCUAUCAACAAUUGGGAUUCGCCACAAGACACCCAUUCCUAGUGUCAUUCUAAACUCCAUCAUCACCAUAACCUGGUGUUUCGUAGAUAAUGUCUUCACCAUUAUCAACUUAUUUAGCUUUGUCCAGUGGGUCUUCUUCGGAAGUGCAGUCACCGGUCUGAUUUAUCUGAGGAUCAAAGAACCAAAUCGUCCUAGACCUUUCAAGGUCAACAUCAUCUUCCCUAUUAUAUUUGUUGUAGUGUGUAUCUGUUUAACAAUCCUAGGAUUCAUCGGGGCACCCGUGGAUUCACUCAUCGCAACUGCGAUCAUCAUAAGCGGUAUCCCCAUAUACUUUGUGCUUGAGCAUCAACCGAGCCCUAGAGGUAAAUGGGCGAAGGGCAUGAAGAGGAAUAUAUUAGUCUUCUUACAGAAACUUUUAUUUGUUUCACCAGAAGAACUUAAGAAACAUAACAAUUUUCAUCUAAUUUGAAAUCAAAAUAGUUUCGUCACCCAUCUUUGCAUAAUGAAUGAAAAUGAAAUGGAUAAGACAAAACGACCAUAGACGAAAUGGUGAUAAGACGAAGUGAUGAUUGGGCCAUUAUGGUUAAUGUACCAAAUGGUUGUUAGACGAAAUGUUGAUGGACGGAAUGGCAUUAUAGACUAAAUGAAACUAGACCAUGUGGUGAGUGGAUGAGUUGGCAGUAGACGAAUUGGCAAUUUACCUUUCUUCUCUCAACUCAUUGUGUGGAUGUUGAUUCUAACUCCUAAAACUGAGCAAACAUUCUGUGAUCCCUUGAGAAAAGUAGUUAAUAUAGUUCAUCCCAACCAGAUCAAAGACAAUCACAAUAAUAGUAUAAUGCGGAACACAAAAGAACUCAGAAUGAUAGGUUUGGGACCCCAGUGAAGCACAAUUGUUAACGGGUCCCUUAACUAUAGCAAGGGGUGCAACAUUUACAAUGAGAGUAACCUUCGAACUAACGAUGCAACAAUUAGGCCUGAGUCUUCUCCUGAAUAUACCAUCAUCGCAUCAUUUUAUUCAAUCCUUAACCUAGUUUUAUUAUCAAUUUGGAUCAAGCUAAUAGAGUUUUCAUGUCAUGACCCAAUUAAGGUAUUUAAAAAAAAUUAUUAAAUACUUCACCCUAUAAAGAUAUGCAUUUUGUGACAAAAUCUUUGUAGAUUUAUUCACCAACACAUUGGUUAUUUUAACAACCCCUUUGGUAGAUAUCUGAUAUUUAUGCAUUCGAUCUGUAUGUCUUACUUCUCGAUGCUCUACCCAUGUAGUAAGUACACUUGACGAAUUCAACGACUAACACAUUCAACCCAACUUCAAACUGUCAAACAUGGUAUUCCCAACAGUACCAUUUGGUCUAAACUUGUCUAUUUUUGUCGAGUGAAAAUUGUUCGAGCUUAUUCUGUUUGAGUGAUAAAAGAUUACCCUAGAUUUGGUGACUUUUCGGCCCAUGAAAUUCAAAAUAUAAAUAGUGUCUUAUGUUACAAGAGUUCAGCGAUCGAAAUAAUGUAUAACCACUGUCGGGGCUGCGGAACGGUUUUGAAAGUGUGGGUGGGGAUGGGGGCUGACCAUGCAAACAAUCAAUCGGAUGGUCAUUUUUACGUUUUUGUAAGCGUUUUCUGAAAAAAAUGGAGGAGGGCUGCGGCCCCGAGGUAUUAUUCCUUGAUUUACUUAUUUUCCCUAUAGACUAUGCGGUCUCUAGUACUUCGCCCUUGAACAAUGAACGUGAUAUUGGGUGGAAAUGAAAUAAAGUAAGCAACGCUUUGACCUCUAUCAUGUCUAUGUCGCAGCCGACAAAAGGAAAACAAUUAACCUGUCACCAAACAAAUAUGUUUCCGAUUAUAAUUAUGUGGUAUAUAUAAAAUGGUGUUGGUUUGGCAGGGGCUUAGGAACGAUUUUUAGCACUACCCCCACACCAAAAAAAAUUAAGGUUAACCUUAAAAUAAAGGUGAUUUUUGUCUUAAAAAAUGGAAAGCCCCCCCCCAAAAAAAAAAACAUAAUU